CAAUUAUUUAAAGCAUGCUCCCAUUCGGGCCAUUCACAUCCCCAUCAGCAAUCUCAAAAUCCUCCCCCUUUCCGAACAAUCACAGCCAGCUCAAAGCACUGUUAUAAGCCAUGCGGACCGCAAGCUCUUUUUCUGCUCCUAUCAGCGAGCAUGAUCGGAAGAUAAGUAAGGAUGAGAAGGUCCCCAGCAGCAGCUCGCCUCCUCCUGCUUCUUCGGGAAAGGCCUCAGAAGCAACAGUGUUUGAUGGCAGACCCCGGAGCCAAGUUGUGAACUCGCCGCCUGCUGUUGCAAGGAGACCUGUGUUUGCUCCAGAUGACAUUAACGAGAGUGCAGAAGCAUUCAUCAACAGGUUCAAGCAUCAGCUCCAGCUUCAACGCCUCCAGUCCAUUGAGAACUACAACCAGAUGCUCGCUAGAGGACUCUGACUGACUGCAUCCCCUUCUGAUCUCUGUGUGAAUCUGCAUGUUCUUGGUUUGAUAGGUUAUGGACGGUGCCUUGCAAUUUUUUUUUCUUCCUGACUACUACCACACAAAACAAUAUGUCGGGCCACCCAGGCUUCUGCUGGCAGCAAUAUCUUCAUUCCUUAUUCAUGUUGUUCUUAAUUCAAUGUCAUCUUGGAUUUUUUUUAUCAUAUCUUCUACGAUUGUGUUUGAUUGUUUUUUAAUAAAAAAAAAUUUCAUGGGUCA